AUCAGCUCUCUCCACUCCACUGUCCUUUCUCUCACCCUCUCUCUCACACCCUCUCUCUCACACGCACACACACACACACACACAAACAAUCACCCUCUCUCUCACACACACACACUCUCUCUCUCUCAUACACUCACAUACACACACAAACACUCAACCUCUCUCUCACACACACACACACUCACUGUCUCUCUCUCUCUCACACACACACACCCUCUCUCUCAUACACUCACAUAUACAGUUCCCCUAUCUCUUAGACCCAGUUCCUCUGUUGGAGAGAAGCCGACUUGAGGCUGGACUAUUUAGACGCGGGUCUGUCUGUGUUUGUCUUUUACACACAUACGGACGUACGCGCGCACGAGCGGUUAGAUACAGUGCAUUUAUCUUUCUCCGUGGGACCUUGUGGUCGCAGAGUCUGCUGCAGUCCGGGUCUCUGUGUGGUGGGAGUUGGGGCUGGUGCUGAGCAAGCACAGCUCUCUUUCCGGCUCUCUGGCACUGAGUUUGCAGAGGAAGAGUUCUUCCGUCUCAGAACCUCCACUCCUGCUCCAGGGGUCCAGACCCAGGCAUCGGGAGAAGUAUGUGGGUGCGGGGGUCCUCCUCGACCCCCCAGUGAGCUUAGAGGAAGAGGAGGAAGAGGAGUAGUUUGUGUGGAAGACUGAAGUCUGGCCAUGAACCGCAAGGAGACCAAGAGGAAGUCUCGGCAGGGCAGCCUGGGGGGCGUGGGGGGCCAGCGGGCAGGGCAGCGGAGGAUGACCUGUCCAAGCCCACAGGAGAUCAGCCAGGCCCUGCAGAGCCCAUGUCCCACCCCCCCAUCCCACGGCCUCAGCCUGGAGGAGCUCAUACAGCGCUGUCUGCACAGCUUCGACUCAGAGGGGAAGCUGGGCAGAGGGGCGCCUCUUGUCAACAUGACCCUGAUGAUGCACAGCUGGGUGGUCUCCUCCCAUACCUUCGCUCGCAAGCUUCUCUCACUCUAUAAGGACUGCCCUGAGGAGAGGAGGGCACAGCGGACUCAGAUUAGCCACUUCAUCAGGCAUUGGGUGAACAAGUUCCCAGCAGCCUUUGAGGCAGACCCCCUGCUGGAGCAGGAAAUGGGAGAUCUGUGGAGUCUGGUCGACACAGAUGGGGAGGAGUCCCACUGCCAUUUGAUUGACACCUCUUACCUUAACCUCCCACCAACCCCCCUGCAAGUUCCCUCCCCCACGGUGAAGAAGAGGAAGGUGUCCCUCCUCUUCGACCACAUGGAGCCAGACCAGAUGGCCCAACACCUCAGCCACCUGGAGUUCAAGAUCUUCUGCCAGGUCUCAUACCUGGAUUACCACAGCUACGUGGUACGGGGCUCAGUGAGGGAUAACUCGGCCCUGGAGCGCUCGGUCAUGCUGUGUAACGGUGUGUCCCAGUGGGUCCAGCUCAUGAUCCUCAGCAGACACACCGCCCGGCAGAGGGCCCAGGUCUUCACCAAGUUCAUCCAUGUGGCGCAGGAGCUGCGCUCUCUGCAGAACUUUAACACCCUCAUGGCUGUGAUAGGAGGUCUCUGCCAUAGCUGCAUCUCUCGCCUCAAAGACACGGCCAGCCUGCUGCCUCAGGACGUCACCAAGGCGCUGAGCGAGCUGACGGACCUGCUGUCCUCUCGCGGUAACUACAGGGCAUACCGGCGCGUGUACAGGGACUGCUCUGGGUUCAAGUUGCCCAUCCUGGGGGUGCACCUCAAGGACCUGAUGUCCCUGAACGAGGCCCUGCCGGACUACCUGCAGGGGGACAAGAUCAACCUGGGCAAGCUGCAGCACCUGUACAGCAACAUCGCCGACCUGCUGGCCGUGCACGAGAGCGCGCCCCCCUUCCAGGCCAAUAAGGACCUGCUGCACCUGCUUACUCUGUCUCUGGACCUGUACUACACCGAGGAUGAGAUUUACAACCUCUCCUAUGCCAAGGAGCCCAGAAAUCCGAAAAUCCAGCCCACUACCCUGGUUAAGCCCCCCGUGGUAGGAGAGUGGGGGUCAGGGGUCACGCCCAGACUGGACCCUGAAACCAUCUCCACGCACGUCAAACUGAUGGUGGACUCCAUAAUGAAGAACUAUGACUUGAACCAGGAUGGAUAUAUUUCGUUAGAGGACUUUGAGAACAUCGUUUCAAACUUCCCCUUCUCUUUCUGCACACACGAGAGAGACAGGGAAGGGGAGAUCAGCCGGGAAGAGAUCACCUCCUACUUCAUGAGGGGGAUGUCGGUUUGCGCCAAGCUGGGCUUCAGCUUCUUGCACGACUUCCACGAGAUCACCUACAAGAGGCCCACUUUCUGCGACACCUGUGGAGGCUUUCUGUGGGGGGUUAUUAAACAGGGUUACCGGUGCAGAGACUGUGGAAUAAACUGUCACAGACACUGUAAGGACCAAGUUGGGCUCGAGUGUAAAAAGAGGUUUAAGGUUUCUGGAGUUUCCUGUCCUGGCACCCCAAUCCCCAACAUCAGGCACAAGGGGAACAGCUCCAGCUCUGAAGAGGACACCUUUGUCUUUCCUCGCGGUGAGGAAACGGAACAGGUUGAGGACCUCUCUGCCCCCUGGGAUGAUGGAAAGGGGAGUUCCCGGAUUUCACACCGGUCCACUCAGACAGACCCGGGUGUCUGGACCCCAGGACCAGUGGAAAGAAGAGAAGGGAAUCCACACAACUCAACAUCCCCUCUAGAGAAGGACGAAGCAGCACCGUGUGAAGCAGCGCCGUGCCCUCCCCUGCCUGCAGGGCCGGAGAAGGUUCCGGAAACAGAGAACCGGAGAGCACAGGUGACCUCAGCAGCAGAUCUGGAGGAGGAGAUGGGAGAGCUACAGCUGCAGGAAGGGCAGAGAGAAGAGCCAGAUUAAACACACACACACACACACACACACACACCCAUACGCACAGCUGCAGGAAGGGCAGAGAGAAGAGCCAGAUUAAACACACACACACACACACACAUAUGCACAGCUGCAGGAAAACCAGAGGGAAGAGCCAGAUUAAACACACACACACACACACACACACACACACACACACAUACGCACAGCUGCAGGAAAACCAGAAAGAAGAGCCAGAUUAAAUCUCACACACACACACACAGACACACACACACACAGCUGCAGGAAGACCAGAGAGGAGCCAGAUUAAAUCUCACACGCAGACACACAUAUACACACACACACGUCUGCAGAGUUGCGUGACUCAAAAACGGAAAACGAUUAAGUUCUGUAAUGAGUAUCAAAGUCAAAUCUCUAAAUCAUCUCAAUUAUCAUCUCAUCUCAUGCUCUGGUGUCAUGUACACUGUAAAUUGUGCUUCAUGUUUUAAAAUAAGUUUUUUGACAAAGAGCAGUUGCCAUAGAUCAUAUUUAUUUAGUGUCUAUCAAUUACUCUUCAAAACAAUCUAUUUUGUGAAAAAUUAUUUUGAGCCUUAUGGCUACUGUUGUGUACAUUGUUUUAUUAAAACAAUUCAAUUUGU